AGCGUUGCCCUCAGAUUUUAUGGCCUGCCCUGUUAGCUGUCUUCCGCGAUGUUAUCUGUCGCAGAUUUAAGUGCACAUGUGACAUUCAGCCCCGUGUGGAAGCCACCCAUCCCUCCCCGUUUGGGGCGGUGGUCUCCUCCGCCCCAGGGCUUCCAGUUCCCCCUUCCCGUGAGUUCAGCUCCCGGCACAGCUCAGCUCCUCGGGCAGCGGUGCAGCUGCGGUGCACGGGCUCCGCCGGGGCAGUGCCGCAGGAAGGGGCAGAGGAGCACAGCGCCGAGCUCACCUCCGGCCUCCACCUGGGAACAUUCAGUUCCCACCCGGAUUUGUUAUGGAAAACUGCCGCGUUUCUCUGCCGCUCUGUCCUUGGGACUUAAUCUCAAAUCCGUUAUCAGUGCCGCGAUCGGGCACUGGCAGCCAGUGAUGCUGAUAACGGCAGUUUUGAUAGCCCCUCCGGCUAUUUUUUCCCCCUGACCAGCUUGGGGUGGUUCCAGCCACUCGGAUUCCCCCGGGCGCUAUGGGGCCACGCUUGGCUCUGCCGGGUAUAAAUCCCCGACCCCAGCGCUGCAGGUGGGACCCGUGCAGCCACCAUGGCCGAGCUGCCCUGUGCCGAACCCCCGCCGCGCUGCAGCGGCCGCUUCACCAUCAGCACGCUGCUGGGCGCCGAGGAGGCGGCGGGCUGCGAGGGCACGCAGCUGUCGGGCGGCUCGCUCUGCACCAGGACCUUCGGCUACAACACGGUGGAUGUGGUGCCCAACUACGAGCACUACGCCAACAGCAGAGGGGUGGGCGAGGCCGGGCGGGGAAGGCCGUCGCUGGCGGACCUCCACUCCAUCCUCAAGCCCGACCCUGGCCACCUCCGCGUGCCGCUGCCUGACCCCCAGCGCAGCAACGGCCUCCCCGACGCCGAGGAGGGGGCUGGCGAGCCAGGCAGGGCCCCUGCACCAGAGCCCGUCCGCUUUGGGUGGGUGAAGGGUGUGAUGAUCCGCUGCAUGCUGAACAUCUGGGGUGUGAUCCUCUACCUGCGGCUGCCCUGGAUCACGGCCCAGGCAGGAAUCGCCCUGACGUGGCUCAUCAUCCUGAUGUCUGUGACCGUGACCACCAUCACCGGCCUGUCCAUCUCGGCCAUUUCUACCAACGGCAAAGUGAAGUCAGGGGGCACCUACUUCCUCAUCUCGAGGAGCCUGGGGCCAGAGCUGGGCGGCUCCAUCGGUCUCAUCUUUGCCUUCGCCAACGCGGUGGCCGUGGCCAUGCACACGGUGGGCUUUGCCGAAACCGUGCGGGAUCUGCUGCAGGAGCACAACUCCCUGAUCGUGGACCCCACCAACGACAUCCGCAUCAUCGGGGUGCUCACCGUCACCGUGCUGCUGGGCAUCUCGCUGGCUGGCAUGGAGUGGGAGGCGAAGGCCCAGAUCCUGUUCUUCUUGGUCAUCCUGGUGUCCUUCAUAAACUACCUGGUGGGGACGGUGAUCCCGGCCAGCGCCGAGAAGCAAGCAAAGGGCUUCUUCAGCUACAGAGCUGACAUUUUUGCCCAGAACUUCGUGCCCAACUGGCGCGGACCCGAGGGCUCCUUCUUUGGUUUGUUCUCCAUUUUCUUCCCAUCGGCAACUGGCAUCUUGGCCGGAGCCAAUAUCUCUGGUGACCUGAAGGACCCUGCCGUGGCCAUCCCCAAGGGCACCUUGAUGGCCAUCUUCUGGACCACGGUGUCCUACCUGGUGCUGUCGGCUACAAUAGGUGCCUGCGUGCUUCGGGACGCCUCGGGCAGCCUGAACGACAGCGUGGCCGUGGGCUCACCAGGCUGCGAGGGACUGGGCUGCAGCUACGGCUGGAACUUCACCGACUGCGCCCAGCGGCAGAGCUGCCGAUAUGGGCUCAGCAACUACUACCAGAGCAUGAGCAUGGUGUCGGGAUUCGGUCCCCUCAUCACGGCUGGGAUCUUUGGGGCCACCCUCUCCUCAGCACUUGCCUGCCUCGUCUCAGCCCCCAAGGUCUUCCAGGUGAGCACUGGUCCCUGUCCCUCUCCCUGUCUCUGUCCCCAGGUGACAGGACAGGACAUCCCUGCACCUCUCACCCCUUUCUCCCCCCAGUGCCUCUGCAAGGACGAGCUCUACCCUCUCAUAGGCUUCUUCGGGAAGGGCUAUGGGAAGAACAGCGAGCCCAUCCGCGGCUACAUGCUCACCUAUGUGAUCGCCAUUGGCUUCAUCCUCAUCGCCGAGCUCAACGCCAUCGCCCCCAUCAUCUCCAACUUCUUCCUCUGCUCCUAUGCGCUCAUCAACUUCAGCUGCUUCCAUGCUUCCAUCACCAACUCUCCAGGCUGGCGACCCUCCUUUCGGUAUUACAGCAAGUGGGCUGCGCUCUUCGGUGCUGCAAUCUCAGUGGUCAUCAUGUUCCUGCUGACCUGGUGGGCGGCCCUCAUCGCCCUCGGCAUCGUCGUCUUCCUCCUGGGCUAUGUCCUCUACAAGAAGCCAGACGUCAACUGGGGCUCCUCCAUGCAAGCCAGCUCCUACAACCUGGCGCUGAGCUACUCGGUGGGGCUCAGCGAGGUGGACGAGCACAUCAAGAACUACAGGCCGCAGUGCCUGGUCCUGACCGGGCCGCCCAACUUUCGCCCAGCGCUGGUGGACUUCGUGGGCACCUUCACCAAGAACCUCAGCCUGAUGAUCUGCGGCAACGUGCUGAUCGGCCCCCGCAAGCAGAAGGUGCCCGAGGCCCGGCAGGCAUCAGACGGCCACACCAGAUGGCUCCUCAAGAGGAAGAUCAAGGCCUUCUACACCGACGUGCUCGCUGAAGACCUGAGGAGCGGUGUCCAGAUGCUGCUGCAGGCCGCCGGCCUGGGGAAGAUGAGACCCAACAUUGUCGCUCUGGGCUACAAGAGGGACUGGCAGGCAGCUGCGCCGCAGAGCCUGGAGGAUUACGUGGGCAUCCUGCACGACGCCUUUGAUUUCAAGCAUGGCGUGUGCCUGCUGCGGCUGCGGGAAGGGCUGAAUGUUUCCCGAGUUCCACAGGCCCACAUUAACCCCACAUUCGGGGCAGCAGAGCAGCCUGGUGGGAACGGCACUGGCAGCAGAGCAGCGCCCAGCAUCGACCCCGAGCAGCAGGCGAGCACCAUCUUCCAGAGCCAGCAGGGCAAGAAAACCAUCGACAUUUACUGGCUCUUUGAUGACGGAGGGCUGACGCUGCUCAUCCCAUACCUCCUCGGGCGCAAGAAGCGGUGGGGAAAAUGCAAGAUCCGGGUAUUUGUUGGUGGGCAGAUCAACAGGAUGGACGAGGAGAGGAAGGCGAUCGUGUCCCUGCUGAGCAAAUUCCGCCUGGGCUUCCACGAGGUCCACGUCCUGCCCGACAUCAACCAGCAGCCCCGGCCGGAGCACACCAGGAGGUUCGAGGAGCUGAUCGCGCCCUUCCGGCUGAACGAUGGCUUCAAGGACGAGGCGGCGGUGAACGAGCUGCGGCAUGGCUGCCCUUGGAAGAUUUCUGAUGAGGAGGUGCACAGGCACAGAGCCAAGUCACUCCGACAAGUGAGGCUCAACGAGAUUUUGCUGGAUUACUCGCGGGACGCGGCGCUCAUCGCCAUCACGCUGCCCAUCGGCAGGAAGGGCCGCUGCCCCAGCUCCCUCUACAUGGCCUGGCUCGAGACGCUCUCACAGGACCUGAGACCCCCGGUCAUCCUGAUCAGAGGAAACCAGGAGAACGUUCUGACCUUUUACUGCCAAUAAAGCCUCCCACACCCCUGCCACGUGACUUUUUCAGGCUGCAUUUGAGCGAUUCAAAGGGGUUUGGGGCAGUAGUGAAUGCGUGGGGGUCACAGCAAUGCCCGAAGCACACAGCUGCUGUGCUCUCGGAAAAGCUCGUUUGGCUGGUCCUGGUCCUUGGAGGUUAUGUACAGACACAAAAUAACGCCGGUGCUGCCGGUACCACCAGCUGGGUUUGCUGGAGCUGUGCAGGUGUGGUACAGGCUCCCAGGCUGAGCUGUGCCCCAUCCUCAGGGUGCCGAGGGGACAGCCUUGGGCAGCACCACAUUCCCCAGCCAAGAACCAGCCCACAAGAACCAGGGCUGUGAUGGAGCCGCAGGGCCCAGGACCUCAUAACCUGGAAGAACAGGGGCAUUUUUGGGAGCAGAGAGCCCCAAA